GUGAACCUGCUUUUAACUAGCAGCAUCAUGGCGACGCUGGUUUGACAGCAGAGAAACCUCUUUCUUUUUUGGCUAUUUUCUCCUGUAACGUACGACUAAAAUCCCAACAGUCCGUCGAAAGUUUUCCUCGCCGAGCACCGGGGCUGGAGUUUGAUGAGAAAGGCCGAACUUUGGGUCUGCUGCUUGCUGUGCUGCUCGCUUUGCUGAAGAGUUUGGAGAUGUGCUCCCAGACCAAAGCGGCGGCUCUCAUGGCCAACAUACCGCGGGUAGACAUCGACCCUUCUGGGGUGUUUAAAUACGUCCUGAUCCGGGUUCACAGCCGAGAGGAGGGAGACGACUCGGAGAUAGACAUAGUCCGAGGAUACGCCUGGGCUGAGUACCACGGCGACAUCUACGAUAAGGUGUCAGCCGAGCUGGAAGGAGGAGGCCUGCUGGACUGCGAGUGUAUCGGCGGAGGCAGGAUAAAACAUGAGCCGGAUGUCAAGAAGAUCCAUGUGUACGGAUACUCCAUUGGAUAUGGAAGAGCGAACCACGCGGUGACCACAGAGAAACUGAAGGAUCAGUACCCAGACUACCAGGUGACCUGGGAUAAUGAAGGCUACUGACAUAGGUCCGAGCCGUGCUUGUUGUUCUGGACUGCAGUGAACCAAGUUCCUGACAGGACAGAGCUGCCAUUCUGUCUGACUGGAAACCUGUUGACACCCUGAUAAAUGGAUUGUAAGACAAACUGACCGUGAGAGAAGAAAAUUAGAAGAUACAAGUUUUUUGUUUUCAUCAACUGUUUACUGCAUCAGGAACUAAAACUGCUGAACUAUCAUUGUAUGACUUUAAAACUCAUUUAAAUACAUCAUCACCUGAGGUUUUUUACACCUUAAAGUUCAAAAUCAAAAUAAAGUUUUUUUUUUUUAAUGGAGUCUUGAAUAUUAUGGCAUUAUUAGAGAUUGUUGGAGGAAAAAAUGUUAAUAGUGUUACACAUCAAGUUUUGUUCUUGAAAAAGAGUUGAACUCCUGUGAUAAAGAUCAAUUAA